UUGGCCCGCUGGGCCGGACAUAAAGGGGCACUGGACGCGGGGAGGCGGCGCAGAAGCCCACAGGUCUGUGCUCCCGGCUCCUAGCCACAGACCAGGAAGAUGAGGCUUGCUGUCCGCACCCUGCUGGCCUGCGCGGUCCUGGGGCUGUGUCUGGCUGUCUCCCCUGAGAAAACUGUGAGAUGGUGCACGGUCUCAAAUCAUGAGGCCAGUAAGUGUUCCAGUUUCAUGGAAAAUAUGAAAACUGUCCUUGAAAAUGGUCCUUUUGUCAGCUGUGUGAAGAAAACCUCCUACCUUGAGUGCAUCAAGGCCAUUUGGGCAAAUGAAGCAGAUGCUGUGACACUGGAUGCAGGCCUGGUGUUUGAGGCGGGCCUGAAUCCCUACAACCUAAAGCCUGUAGUGGCAGAGUUCUAUGAGUCAGAAGGGGAUCAAAAAACCCAGUAUUAUGCUGUGGCUUUGGUGAAGAAGAGCAGUAACUUCAACCUGAAUGAGCUCGAAGGCAAGAAGUCCUGCCAUACAGGCCUUGGCAGGUCUGCUGGAUGGAACAUCCCUAUGGGCUUACUUUAUUGGAAGCUGCCUGAGCCACGUGACUCUCUUCAGAAGGCGGUGUCCAGUUUCUUCGCGGGCAGCUGUGUUCCCUGUGCAGAUCGGACAGCCUUUCCCAAACUAUGUCAACUGUGUGCGGGGAAAGGGACAGAUAAGUGUGCCUGCUCUAACCAUGAACCAUACUUCGGAUACUCAGGUGCCUUCAAGUGUCUGAUGGAUGAUGCUGGGGAUGUGGCCUUUGUCAAGCAUUCAACAGUGUUCGAAAACCUGCCAAACGAAGCUGAUCGGGAUGAGUAUAGGCUGCUCUGCCCAGACACCUUGCAGAGGAUGACAGUAGAUAAAUAUAAGGACUGCCACCUGGCCCGUGUCCCUUCCCAUGCUGUUGUGGCCCGAAGUGUGGGGGGCAAGGAAGACUUGAUCUGGGAGCUUCUCAACCAGGCCCAGGAACAUUAUGGCAAAGACAAAUCUAAAGCCUUCCAGCUCUUCGGCUCACCUUUGGGGAAGGACCUGCUGUUUAAGGAUUCUGCCCAAGGGCUUUUAAGGAUUCCCUCUAAAAUGGACACCUGGCUGUACCUGGGUUAUGACUAUGUCACUGCUCUUCGGAAUCUAAGGGAAGAUGUGCGCCCGGAUACCCCAAGGGAUGAAUGCAAGAAGGUGAAAUGGUGUGCCAUAGGUCACCAUGAGAGGGUCAAGUGUGAUGAGUGGAGCGUAAACAGUGAAGGGAAAAUAGAGUGUGAAACAGCAGAGUCCACUGAAGACUGUAUUGCCAAGAUUGCGAAAGGAGAGGCUGAUGCCAUGAGCUUGGAUGGAGGCUUCAUCUACAUAGCAGGCCAGUGCGGUCUGGUGCCUGUCCUGGCAGAAAACUACAAAACUCAAGGCCCUCAAUGUAGCAGCACAGUAGAGGAAGGGUAUAAGGCUGUGGCUGUAGUUAAGGCAUCAGCAGAUGAGAGCCUCACCUGGAACAAUCUGCAAGGCAAGAAGUCCUGCCAUACCGCAGUAGAAAGAACCGCGGGCUGGAACAUCCCCAUGGGCCUGCUCUACAGCAGGAUCAACCACUGUGAAUUUGAUAAAUUUUUCCAGGAAGGCUGUGCCCCUGGAUCUAUGCGAAAUUCCAGUCUUUGUGCUCUGUGCAUUGGCUCGGCAAGUGGUCCAGGAAAGGAGUGUCUUCCCAAUAACCAUGAGAGAUACUAUGGCUACACAGGGGCUUUCAGGUGUCUGGUGGAGAAGGGAGAUGUGGCCUUUGUGAAAGACCAGACGGUCAUGCAGAACACUGAAGGAAGGAACACUGAAGAUUGGGCUAAGAAUCUGAAGGAAAAAGACUUCCAGCUGCUGUGCCCUGAUGGCAGUAGGAAGCCUGUGAGCGACGCUGACAACUGCUUCCUAGCCAAGGCCCCAAAUCAUGCUGUGGUCUCGCGGAAAGAUAAGGCAUCUUGUGUUAGCAAAACAUUACUUGAGCAGCAGGUUAUGUUUGGAGGAAAUGGAAAUGACUGCUCGGGCAAGUUUUGUUUGUUCCACUCGAAAACCAAGGACCUUCUGUUCAGGGAUGACACAAAAUGUUUGGCCAAACUUCCAGAAAGCACAACAUAUGAAAGUUACUUAGGAGCAGCAUAUGUCACGGCUGUUGCUAACCUGAGACAGUGCUCCACCUCGAAGGAAAUAUAAAUUGAGGACUACCACUCCCGUGAUGCUCCGCUUCGGACGCCUGCGCAGAGUCUAGGGCCACGUCGCUUUCGAGGCGCUGGACCACGCACCUCAGCCAUGGCUUCCGCGGACACCCGGCGGGUGGCGAAUGGCGGUAGUGUCGGGGGAGCCUUCCAGCCCCACCUAGACUACUUGCGGCAGGAGCUGCAGCAGAGGGACCCGACACUGCUGUCAGCCGUGGUGGCGCUUCUCGCGGUGCUGCUGACGCUGGUGUUCUGGAAGUUCAUCCGGAGCAGAAGGAGCAGUCAAAGAGCUGUUCUUCUUGUUGGCCUGUGCGACUCUGGGAAAACAUUGCUCUUUGUCAGAUUGUUAACUGGCCUUUACAGAGACACUCAGACAUCUAUCACUGACAGCUCUGCUGUGUAUAGAGUCAACAAUACCAGGGCCACUAGCCUGACCUUGAUUGAUCUCCCAGGCCAUGAGAGCUUGAGACUUCAGUUCUUAGAGCGUUUUAAGGCUUCAGCCAGGGCUGUUGUGUUUGUUGUGGACAGUGCGGCCUUCCAGCGAGAGGUGAAAGAUGUGGCAGAGUUUCUGUAUCAAGUCCUCAUCGACAGUAUGAGUCUGAAGAACACACCCUCAUUCUUAAUCGCCUGCAAUAAGCAAGACAUUACAAUGGCAAAAUCCGCAAAGUUAAUUCAGCAGCAGCUUGAGAAAGAACUCAACACUUUACGAGUCACGCGUUCUGCUGCCCCCAGCACACUGGACAGUUCCAGCACUGCCCCCGCUCAGCUGGGAAAGAAAGGCAAAGAAUUUGAGUUCUCGCAGUUGCCCCUCAAAGUGGAGUUCCUAGAGUGCAGUGCCAAGGGUGGAAGAGGGGACACGGGCUCCGCAGACAUCCAGGACCUGGAGAAAUGGCUGGCGAAAAUCGCCUGAGGGGCAGGGCCAGAGCUCAGGACAUGAAUGUGAAUGUGUGUGGCCCACAGUUUUGGAAAAGGGUUUGGUAGCCUGGAGAUGAUAAAGAAGUUGAUAAAGAAUGGGUAUGAAAUGUAAUUAGAAACAUUUUCUUGUUCUGGAAACAAAUUAUUGUUAUAAGUAACUUGGAACUUUUGUUUUUCAGUUUAGUUCUCCCUCAGUGCUUUCUAAUCACUUACCUGCCUGUGUUUCUUCCCUUGGUUAAGGUUUAUGUCAUGUCCCUUUAGCAAAUGCUUGACCUAGGGUCAAGGUCUUUGUGACCAUAACAAGUGGAUCCACAUAGAGAGGAUAUUAUCAUGAGAGUACGGUUAUCAUCUGAAAAGUUUCUUAUCCUCUGCUUCUGUGUGUUAGUCCCUUUUCCUGAAAACAAACCUGUCUGUGUAUGGAACCAGUUGAUUCCAUUUGCCCUUGAUGUUCAUGGGCAGUACGUCAUCUAGUCCUUUGUGACUUCUCCGAGUUGUGUGUGUAUAGUUACCGUGCGGUCUCCCGACAUGCGAAGAAGACAGGUAGGAAACAGCAAGGCUGUGUUGACAGCGGGUCUGUUCUUCAUCAACGUAGUGACUUGUCCACACUCCAGCCUCGCAGCACUCAGGUUUUAAAAACUUGCCCUGAACCCCUGGAGUCAUUCCCAGAUGAUAGAACUAUAAAUGCUAAAUCCCUGCACGGCAAGCGUCUGAUGUGCUCUCGUGGUUUCCCUUAGCUGAGGAGUAUAUAAAGAUUUAGAAGCUGUUUGUGGUUUUUUGGAUGGCUGAGGGCUCCUGGGCUACGUUCCUUUACUGUUUGACCAGCCCCUAUUUUGUACUCAGAGCUAGAAUGCUGUGGAACACAUGCGAAUUUAAAAAGUUCUCCAUAGUUUUUUAAAGUGCAUAUUCACUCAUGGUUGAAAGAAAAGUCAGCUUUUUCAAAGUGGUAUUCCUUGUUGUCUUCUUAAAUGUUGACUUUUUUAAUGGCUUUUAUACAUUAUUAAUGCGUUUCUUGGUAAAUAAACAACGUGUCUGGCUCAGA